CGUAUCGACGCACCCUCGUCGGACGCCUUAAGGCUUGUUUUGUCGGUAUAAUUCGUCUCUCGCGCCAACUUGUUUCGAAAUUGCAAAUAAUUUUUUACACCGUUUUUGUCCGCACCGUAUUGUUAUCAGAAAACAUCAUUAGUUUCGAUAGUAAAUGUACAUUUUAUUUACGAUGUACGCAAAAUCAAUAAAAUGAAUAACGCCGGGUAAAUGUUGAAUCUGCGAUGAACAAAUACACAAAUCAGAAUUUCCUUCAUAUUCAAUAUUGUAAUAUGAAAACCAAACACUCGACUGAUGACACUUUUAAUAUUUAAAAGCUGUGCAGUCAUGACAUCGUGCUUAUCAGAAAAAUAAUAUUUUCAACUGGUUACGUAUUUCCAAAAAAUUCAAUGAAGAGAAUAAAAAUACCGUAAUAUAUUUCAAAUCUAGUUUUAAGAUGGGUGAAUGUAAAUCAACUACAAAAACUACAUCUAUUAUGAUAGCAUUACUGUUUUUGGUAUUAGAUCCUUGUGACAUAGGUGAAGCAGUUCAAAUGCUUGGUGUUAAGGUGCCUGCGUACAUAUUUAUAGGAGAUUCGGUACAGUUAUUUUGUGAUUAUGAUAUGCAGAUGGACAAAUUGUACUCGGUUACCUGGUACAAAGACAAUGAAGAAUUCUAUAGAUACGUUCCAACAUCUAAACAUCUCAAACACAGUUUUAGUAUGGACGGUAUCACAGUUGAUCAUAAUUACUCGGACAGCAAAAAAGUCACCUUACGCUACGCUAAUUUGUUGAUGAAUGGCGAAUAUAAGUGUGAAGUAUCUGCUGAAGCACCGUUCUUUACGACUGUACACGCUGAAUCCAAAAUGGCCAUAAUAAGUUUGCCAAAAUCUAAAGAUUUAACAAAAAUCAAUGGAGGCUCUGGAGUCUAUCAAACUAGUGACACUAUUUAUUUAAAUUGUACGUCGGGAGAAUCAUUUCCUGCUGCAAGACUUCGGUGGUAUAUUAAUGACAAAAUGGUGGUUUCCAAUUACGACCGCUCAGAAAAAUUACACAACGGUUUGUAUAUCAGUAUAUCCAAAUUGAAUUUGUCAAUAUCUCCUGAUCAUUUCAACAAUGGCUUAAUGAAAGUUACAUGUCAAGCUAUCAUCAAUAUAGGUCGUCCAAAGGCAUUACCACCUCCUAAGGAAUACAAACGUGAAGCAAUACUCUUAGUACGUGGAUCAGCAGUAGCGAUGUGCAUAACGUUCAACUUUAAAGUAACAUUAAUAACAUUAACAUCAACUUUGUUUUUACUUAAUACGUCGUGAAAACGGUAAAAAUUGUUAUCCAAUUAUUUUGGCUCCUUCGUUUAAAUUAUGCGAUAUUGUAUGUUAUCUUGUUAUAUUAUCAAAACUGUAAACUUUUUGUCCGCACGAGUUGUAAGUUGUAACUAUACAUUUUUUUUUUAUUAUUUA